UUCGUUUUCUCGAAAUCGCAUUUGCAUCUUCUUCAACACAAUCUGAGCUCGUUUAUCACCAACACCACCGUCGUUCCUCUCCGAUAUCGGGGCGGAAGUCUUGUCCCAAAAUGUCUAUCAGGAGGCCUCAAAUCCCUCGGCUUCUUCUCCAAAACGUCUCUUGCAUGAGAAACGCGCAGCAGAUUCUAAGACACGUGAAUGUAUCUCUUCAUGACGGUGGUGCACUUGUCUUAACUGGAACAAAUGGAUCCGGUAAAUCGACAUUCUUGAGAAUGUUAGCUGGAUUCUCAAAACCCUCUGCAGGAGAAAUCCUUUGGAACGGUCACGACAUCACACAAUCAGGAAUUUUCCAACAAUACAAACUCCAACUCAACUGGAUCUCUUUAAAAGACGCCAUCAAAGAGAGAUUCACAGUACUCGACAAUGUCCAAUGGUUUGAGCUUCUCGAGAAUAAAAUCGGCAAAGCUCAACCCACAUUGGAGCUAAUGGGUUUAGGGAGACUGGUGAAAGAGAAAUCGAGAAUGUUGUCCAUGGGUCAGAGGAAAAGGUUGCAACUUGCAAGGCUCCUCGCUAUCGACAGACCGAUAUGGCUAUUGGAUGAACCAUCUGUUGCUUUGGAUGAUGAAGGAGUUAGAUUGCUCGAGUAUAUUAUCGCAGAGCAUAGGAAAAAAGGAGGGAUUGUAAUUGUCGCAACUCAUCUUCCGAUCGAGAUUGAAGAUGCUAUGAUCUUGAGGCUUCCUCCUAGAUUUCCAAGGAAAAUGACUUUGAUUGAUAUGCUUGAUCGUGCAGACAUUUCUUAGUAGAGAAAUCAAAGAGAUUUUAUAUUUAAGAGCGUUUUAUCUCGUGUAAUGGAAUGUUAGUAUUCUCAAGCAAAUUUGGUUAGUGGAGUUUUAGUAAA